UGCGUGGUCAGCGGUGACACAUCGUGUGCGCCCGGGGGCAAAAAGAAGAGUCGGUGGGACGACUAUGGAUUCGUCCGGUAUGUGCCCUCACAGGCAGGAAAUUUCAACCGGCUAAUGCCGACCGAAAUUUUCGGCCACGUACCAGUUGGUCCGUUCGUGAGGGUGAUACUGACCGAAAUCUUUUCGUCGGUCACCGUCGACCUACUUUGCUGCCCAGCCGAAGACGUAAGUUUUUGUUUGUUUUUUUCUUGUUUUUGCUAACAUUUCAAUAAUCUUAAUAUAAUAAUUUAUGUUUUUGCAGGCAGCAGAAUGGUGGCUGACUACCGCCGCCAGACUGGUGAGCGUCGAUUGCGGGAUGAGUGCACCUGCAUCAUCCGCAACGGCGUUCACCACUAAGCGGCUGGUAUCCUAGUACGGUCGACGUACUGAUGAUGCGUUGGGUAGCCUGUCAAUAUCCGGCACAGUCAACUACAAGACUGUACUCGAUGCGUUUGUUCAUCCUAAUGUGUACAGGCUGGCCAUCCUGUACACAUUAGUCUCUCGGCGGGCGGACAUGGCGGACGUGGUCACACGUCUGGAGUGCCUGAUCAACCGGUGUGUGGAGGUCAUACCGGUUGUGUUGCUGAUGGCACAUUCCCAUCGCCAGUUAAGCGACUGGAGGUUUGUCGCCGAGAUUGACCCUCGCUCAAGAAGGGUCACCGAAACUCGGGCCGAGCUGCACGAGGCUGGCGUAUCUCAGUCGCUCGUGCGGUUCGCCUGAGUUUUUUUUUUUUUGUAGCCGUUGUUCGGUUCGUGGAAUUGGCCUUUCGGGGGAUACCACGUAAAAAAAACCGUUGACGUGGGAACGUCAGUGGAUUAGGCCUUUUGGGGGAUACCACUUUAAAAAAAACUGUUGACGUGGGAAACCACUUAAAAAAAACGCAUCCUAUAUACUAUACCUCACUGGGUGAUGUGGAAAUUAGUAUUAAAAAAUUUUCGUGAACCUAGGUUUUAAAUUAAUCAAGUACCUAUUUAUUUAUUUUUAUUAAUAGCUGGAUUGGUUACUGACCGAGGGGGAGUAUUAUGCAAAAAUGAAAGACCAUUAUGCAGUCAACCCGCCACCUGGAGCACUGCAUAGGUUCGAUGCCAGGGUGCACUACCCGUUCGGCAAGGCCUCCGGGCCAUCCAUUCCGGAUAUUGUCUACCAGACCGUACCGGUAGUGACACCCACAAAAAGGCAGUUGUUCCAGUCCACUGUGACCGGGGCUGGCACUCCUCCGGAAUUGGACAUGAGUGUAGGGUCUGGGGUUCCUAAGAAUCCCAUAUGUCGACGGUGGUUCCGGCGUACCGAUUUGUAAAAUUUUAAUUUUUUUUGAUUUCGUGUAGUUUAAUAAUUAUUUUGUUUUUUAAUUAAAUUUUUUUUUUUUUUUUAGUCAAUGAUGCAGCCCAGAUCCCCCAGUCGCCUACGUCUGUCACUGAACUUCUACAAAGCCCCCAGACACCUACGUCUGAAAUGGGGCAAUUGUUUCGAAAGGUCAGUGUCGUGUCGCCGGUAAAGAUGAAAUUCUCCAAAGAAGAAGAGGUGGUAUUGAGACGGCUUGUAAUUGAAAAAGGACCCUAUCUUAAACACCGCGGACGGUCUUAGGAAGUUGCUGAGCACUCCCACCUUCAAUCUCGUUACUAGGUCCUUGCCAUCCACAUUAGGACCAACGUACGAGAUUUGAAAAAACGGCUGGACCGAGGGUUAGGUAAGCUGUAAGAUAGGUUCCUUUUUUCGUUGGUUGUUCGUGGUGAAGCUGCAUCAGUGGAAUACGCUUGCGGGGACAUCACUUUAAAAAAAACGAUCGUUUAAAAAGAGUCCCAAGUUUUCAAUAUGGCUUCGAGAGUAUCUGUGAACAUAUUUUAUAUAUACGACAAGAGUCCCACAUCUCUGCUCCGCGGUAUUUACGCUAUUAAAAUGGCUAAUGAUAAGAUCGAAGAAAUCGAAUUAAAUUUACAAACUAGAAUCGAAAGCCGAAACGACAUUGAUAUGAUAACAAAGGAAUUUAGCGCGAUAACUGUAUAUAUCAUGGAGAAAGAUAUUAUUUUGAGGUUAACUGAUUCCAGUGUCAAGGCAAUAAACCCAAAAAGAUCAAAGGGCGUUGCGUUUGAAGUAGUUAAAGGCGUAAUGGCUAGGUUGUCGAUUUUCGAUGGCGUUGACGCGACGUUGUAUUGUCCUACAAAAGAAAUUGGUCCAGCAAAUGAUGCUGCGCUGAAUUCUGACGUGACAUUACCUGAUUUCGCGACACUCAUGACCAGAGAUGAAAUAUAUGUUAAAUUUGAAGAGCGCCGAAAGCGUAAAGAAGAACGCGAGAGUGGAAGAUUCAUAACUCCUUUAAAAAACAGAACUCCAGUAUCCAGUCCGAGUGUUAUUUCGACACGUCCUGUAAGUGCGUCAAGUCCAGCAGUGCAUGGAAAUGCGGGUAGAAGAGAGAAGGAAAAGGCGCUGUCAAGCGCAAUUGAGGAUAAGAUCAACAGCAUGCGAAUGGACGAUGACGAUGAAGAAUUGGAUUCGAAGAGCAAUGGAGAUGAAGAUGAAGAAAAUGAGAACUCUGAUGAAUUAUUAACUCAAAUUGCUUCGCAUUCGAAAGACGUUUACGUGUUUUCAAAAUCUGAAGUAAUUGAACAUAGUGUCGAGAAGUUACCUUCUCCUUACGUGGUGAAUGGAUUGUACAGAUACAGCUUCGAGAAGAAAGGCGGAAAGAUGACUUUUAAGAGGAUCAAAGGUUCGGGGCUGUGUGCCGAUUAUUAUAGAAUUUUGCUCGCCGAUAACUCGGAGAUUGUAUUAGCGAAAGCAAAGUAGCUAAGUGAUGAAGAGUGGUACACUGCUAACUGCAGACAAACCUUUAGUGGUGAUCAUUUCUUCCGGACCGAUCUGAUGCUAUGAACGUUCUCUUUUUGGGUAGGAAGGCUGGCGCAAGACCUGGCAAUGGCAACGGCGAAAAACAAGGGAAUUGAUAUCGUCGCAAUAAGCGAACAAUACCGGAACAAGGAUGAGAAGGACGGAUGGUAUGGCGAUGCGAGCGGUCGGGCAGCAAUAGUAGCUAUGGGAAGUCUCCAAGUAGACAGAAUAGGACCUAGUCUGCAAGGAUUUAGAUGGAUUGAAGCAAACCGGAUCAGACUCUACAGUUGCUAUUGCUCCCCUAACGUAACCCUCACAGAGUUCGAGGACUUUCUAGGGAGACUUGAGACAAGUAUUAGAGAAUCUGAUUUCCCAGCUGUAGUAGCGGGCGAUUUCAAUUCCAAGUCCGAAACUUGGGGCAGCCCCAUUGAGGACGCAAGAGGAAACCGGCUGGCGGAUCUCAUGCUAGUCACACAGUGGCCGUACACAUCCUGCGCCGUGGUCUCAGUGAGACGUCCGUGUUUGCGUGGCUGUUGUUGGGCGGUGACAAUUGUCGGGAAAGCCGUAUGGCUUCCCUUCGGUCCACCGACAAUUCAGCUGUACAACUCCAAAACACAGUAAGUAUCUGUAUUUUUCAUUAUUUUGCAGGAUAAUUCAUUUAGUAAAUUAUUUCAGACUUAACACUGUGUAAUUGCUCUGUGUUCACAACGUGAUAACUCAUGGAAUAAUAGUCAGAUUCCAAAGAUUUUUUGAUAGAAAAAUUCAGCAUGAAGAGUUAUCAAAGAUUAUGUAAAAAAAA